AUGAAGGCAAGCACAGUCAUUAUCAGUGCUUUCUGCACCGCACUCGCACUUGCUGCCCCCAGCUCCAUAGACGAGAGACAGGCUUAUGUCGCAUGCUCCGGUUUAUACGGAACAGCUCAGUGUUGUGCAACAGACGUUCUUGGCAUUGCCGACCUCGACUGCGGACAGCCACCCAAGACGCCAGCCUCAGCUGACGACUUUUCCUCUGUCUGUUCUGCCAUUGGACAGCGCGCUCGCUGCUGUGUGCUUCCGAUCCUGGAUCAGGGCAUUCUCUGCAACACCCCAGCCGGCGUUCAACCAUAA